AUGCAGGAUCUGCGCCCCGCGUUUCUCGAGGCGGCAGAGUCCGGCGACCACGCGCGCCUCGCGGCCACCGCGGACCACCUCCGAGGCGUCGAGGCCACCGCGCGGGCCGCUCUGAAGGAGCACGCCGGCGCGGGCGUGCACCCCGCGACCACCACGUUCAUGCAUGCGGCCCUGUAUGACCUCUACGAGCUGCUCUGCGCCGCCACGCAGCUGGCAGACGGCCCGGGGGCCGGGGAGGGCGCGUCGGAGCGGGGGCUCGCUGAGCUGGCGGCGCUGUCGAAGUGCCUGUCCCUGGUGGACGCGGUGUCCAGGGGCGCGGAGCUGCACGUGUUCCUGGCGUGCGCGCUGCUGGAGCGCGCGUCGGCGCUGCGGGGCGCGGACUCCCCGCAGGCUGCUGCGGCGCUGCAGCUGGUGGGGCAGGCGUCGGAGGCGCGGUACGGCAAGCAGCUGCCUGCGGAGCUCUGGGACAAGCUGCAGCAGGCCAACGCGCAGCUGGCGAGGGAGUUCUUGUAA